AUGUCUUCCGGGGACGGUAGCAAGGCUCCAAGCUCUCAAGCACCUUUAUACUUGUGGGGAGGCUCCUUAGUGCCUAGCAAGAAAUUCGUGGCCAACUUGCACCGCGUGACGACCGAUGCUCAGUUCCAGAAGUGGCGGGCUGCCUUCACAUCUGCCAUUCCAGAUGACGUGCAGGUCAAGCUACUGAAGUCUUGGGCUGAUAGCAAGCCUUUGGUAGAUGCGAAUGAUCCCGGCGCUAGGGUCAUUACCUUCCGUCCUUUUUACUUUUCCUUGGGCUUCAAAUUCCCACUGUCGAAGCUCUUCAAGGAGGUGUUCUGCGCCAUGGAGUGUGCUCCGAGCCAGUGUACUCCCAACGUUUACCGGGCAAUCAUGUGCUUCGAGAAUCUGAGCCGUUUCUUCACUUUGGAGCUGACAUUGCGUGAGUUCUUUUAUUUUUUCGAGGUGAGGCACUUUGAGCAGUAUGCCCAAGUUCGCACCUACAAGACCAAGCUGUUCGACGGUCUCAGUCAGGGAGAUCACGCUUGGCAUGACGACGUGUUGGAAGUUAGCGGACGGUGGGAAGGCGACGUUCGUGACGGCCCACUUGUUCCCGUGACCUAUUGCCCUGUAAAUGACAUCAGUAAGCAAUUGGAGCUUGGACCAGACAUGGCUAAGGUCCGUCGUGCUUUGAACAUCCCAAAAGUUUCGCGAGUGGCGCUGGCUGUUGAGCGAGUACCGAGAGUACAGGAAGAGUGUUCUGCUGAAUCUCCACCAAAGAGAAAGGCUGCUAGCAAAUCUUCCAGAGGUGAAGCCACUUCUUCGCAUGCCAAGAAUGGGUCUCCAUCGAGGAAGAAGCCAAGGCUCCCUUCUGCUGAGAAGGCUCAAGUGGGGUCUGCUCCGUCAUCAUCUGCCAGGGUCAAGCAUCUCGUGGGUGCAGAUAGCACGAAGGUUGGUGGUAUGCGCGGUGCUCGGGGUGUUCUGCCCGAGCCUCCUGCCGACACGCUCGAAAACCAUGACAUGCUUCGUGAGACAGCUCGUGCCCGGCCUAGUUCUGCUGAGCGUCAAAGAGAUGUAGACAUUCCUCCUCGAAGUUCGAGUCGUCUGCAUCGGUCGAAAGAUGGAGAUCGAAGUGGGAGGUCUGCUUAUGAUCCAGCUGUUGAACCGUGGGCAGUCAAGCGUGGAGUUGAUUCAGUAUCAUUGACUCCUUUGGAGAUGAAGUUGGCGGAGGCUAAGAAGAUGAGAGAGUCAUCUGCUCGGGCUAAGGGUUCUUCUUCAGCGACGGCGGUUGGACCCAAGGUGGAUAAGUCUAACCCUGCGGGGGAUGCAUGUGUGUCUGAUCUGCUCAAGACGAACUUCCUAUCAAACCCGUCUUCAUGUGCUGAGCUGGUUGAUCACAUUCGUCAGGCAGGCGAUCUUGGCACUUUCUCGAGCCUUUCCUUGGAAAAACAAAGGGAAGCGUCAUUCCAUCUGAUUCAAAAAGGAUUGGUUUUUGCUGCAGAGACCAUUCGGAACUCAUCUGCUGUUGCCCCCUCUUCUGCUCAGCUUAGCGAGCUGGAGAAGAAGAAUGCUGAAUUGGCCAGCCAUCUUGCUGCCGAGCAGGCCCGUUAUGAGAAGAAGACGCAUGAUUUGAGGGCAAUGAUUUCUGAGCUGAAAAGCUCCCUUACCGAGAAGGAUUCUGAGCUCAACUCUCUUGCCACUGAUUUAGUUAGUCGCAAAGAUGCCUUCUUUAGUCUUGAGCGUAAGAAUGCUGACAUCUCCCUUAGCCAUGACAAGCUCCUGGCUAGAUUUCACGCAUACCACAAGUCCGCAGAAAAAUCCAAGUCUGAAGCCAUCAUAGACGCGUACAAGUUGGGCUACCUGCACUGUGCGGAUGAGGUUACUCCCUUGUAUGCGAUUGACGAUGUAGACAUCGAGACACUCUGCCCUGAUUCACCCCGUGCAGAAGGAGGAACUGAAGAGCAAGAAGUUGCAGAGGAUGGAGGGGAGGUGGACACAGUAGAUGAGAUGAUGGCAGAUGAGGCUGCUGAAGGCAUAGCUGAUCAGGUGGAUGCCGAAGAGGCUGCGACUCAUAGGUCUCCUGCCGGCGCCUCAGAGUAG